ACAGAACCAGGAAGUAACUCCUCAUUUCAGAGAAAACAAAACUGAUCUCUCUCUCUCUCUCUCUCUCUCUCUCUCGGUGUGAUUUCAGGAAAAUGGCCAAGGCCAGUAUUUCAGUAGAUCAGCUUUCUGUGGACCAGUUCAUGUGUCCAGUGUGUCUGGAUCUCCUGAAGGAUCCGGUGACUAUCCUCUGUGGUCACAGUUUCUGUAAGGUGUGUAUUAAUGGCUGCUGGGAUCAGGAGGAUCAGAAGGGCGUCUACAGCUGUCCUCAGUGCAGAGACACUUUCACGACAAGGCCUGUUCUACGCAGAAACAACAUGCUGGAUGAAGUGGUGGAGAAACUGAAGAAGACUGAAGUCCAAGCUGCUUCUCCUGCUCACUGUUACGCUGGACCUGGAGAUGUGGAGUGUGAUUUCUGCACCGGGAGAAAACACAAAGCCAUCAAGUCCUGUCUGAUGUGUUUGGCUUCUUAUUGUGAAACUCAUCUGAAACCUCAUCUCGAACGUCCUGCUUUGAAAAAACACACAUUAAUUGAAGCCUCAGCAAAACUCCAAGAGAAGAUCUGCUCUGAACAUGAUGAAGUGCUGAAAGUCUACUGUCGUACUGAUCAAACCUGCAUCUGUUAUUUGUGUAUGAUGGAUCAUCACAAAGGUCACGACACCGUCACAGUCGCAGCAGAAAGAGCUGAGAAACAGAGUGAGUUAAAGGAGGAGCAGAUGAAAUCCCAGCAGAGAAUCCAGGAGAAGCAGAAGAAGAUGCAGGAGCUGAAACAGGCUGUGAACACUAUAAAGCUCAGUGCACAGACAGCAGUGGAGGACAGUGAGAGGAUCUUUACUGAGCUGAUCAGCUCCAUGGAGAAAAAGCGCUGGGAGGUGACGGAGCUGAUCAGAGAUCAGGAGAAGGCUGAACUGAGUCGAGCUGAACGACUCCUGGAGCAACUGGAGCAGGAGAUUGCUGAUCUUCAGAGGAGAGUCACUGAGCUGGAGCAGCUUUCACACACACACGAUCACAUCCAUUUCCUCCAGGUAACACUCACUGUCUGAUCUACAGAGCCAGCUGUUCCUCACACACUCUCUAAAACACCUCUCAUUAAGGGAACAAUAAAUGUCCCUGUCUGACAUC